AUGACAAUGCUCACCGACUACGAUGCCGUCUGGGAAUGUACUACGUCCACGGUGGAACAAGGACUUAGUGAGUGCCCUCCACCACGACCAAUUUUUGAUGCUACCUACUGGGAACAUCUUGUUCAGUUCCAUUAUGCUGAAGACUUGCAGCGCCCCGUCACAGAGGUGACUACCACCACUUCCACAGCCAUUAUGCCUGCUGGUACUAAUGCUCGUCGACUCAGAACUCCGGCAUCGUUACCCCAGCACUCUCGUCGGCAGGGGAUGGACAAGGUACCCACAGAUCAGGCAGAAUCUCUUCAUUCCAUGGGACUACCAGGGAUUCCUGCUAUCUGCAGAGAAACGCGGAAUAGGGAAGGGAGUUUUUUAACAAGCCUACUUUCUUUGAUACGCGGAAGGUACGAUAGAACAGCUCAUCCUGAAGCGAGGUCUUUAUGUCAUACCUUUGACGGGAAGCGCCUUUUGGGUCUUUUUAGUCAACGACCCAGUGAACGACACCCUACAUUGUAA